AUGUCUAUCAACGAAACAGAACCGCUGCUAUCGUACCACGAGGCGCAGCGUGAAAGAACAGAGCAAUUGCUUGCACACGAAAUCACAGCAAGCGCGCAGGACCAUGAGGAUUAUCCCGUCGAUCAUGGGAAGGUUGCUUGGAUGCAAGUGCUGGGUGGGUUUAUCUUGUUUGCGAAUAGCUGGGGUCUACCAAAUGCCUUUGGUGUCUUCCAAACAUACUAUGUCGACACGCUGAUGCCAGGGCAAGAUGCCGCAAGUAUCGCGUGGAUCGGUUCUAUCCAGCUCUUCUUCACCACCAUUGGUUGUCUCCCCGGUGGUGUACUUCUCGAUCGCGGGUACCUCAAGAGUAUCAUUGCUGUCGGCACUUUUCUGGAGAUCCUGGGCUUACUGUUGACGUCGUUUUUCCACGGCUUCUGGCCAAUUUUCUUCGCUCAAGGUGUUUGCAUGGGGAUCGGUAGCGGGCUUAUGGCGCUCGUGCCUGUGGCUGUGCUUGCCAUGUUCUUUGAGAAGAAGAGGAUGGUUGCUACGGGUCUGGCGUCGACCGGGGCGAGUGUUGCUGGUAUUGCGUAUACGCUUUCUAUGCGCUCACUGUUUACCAGUGUGGGGUUUGCGUGGGCUGUGAGAAUCUUCGCGGCUAUUAUACUGCUUACGAAUGCUGUAGCUUUUGUGGUCAUGAGGCUGCAGCUGCAGUAUGGAUCCAAGGGCUCCAGUUUUGGGUUUCAUCACUUCAAGGACCUGCCGUACGCGGUGUUUGUGGUGGCCUUUACGCUCUUCGUUGCUUCGACUUUCGUGCCAUUCUUCUUCAUCCAGGAGUACGCUAUCAAGUUAAGUGUGGAGAAGGAUAUGGCGUUCAACUUGCUGAGCAUCAUGAACGCGGCCAACAUAUUCGGUCGAUUUGUUCCGAACUUUGUCGCUGAUCGAUACGGCGGCGUUAACACUCUCUUUCCUUUGACAAUCGCGUGCAUCAUCACUCUCUGCACACUCCCACUUGUUCGGGACUUCAACGGUCUUGUAGCCAUCAGUAUUGCGUAUGGAUUCCUCUCGGGUGGUGUCAUUAUCAUCCCUGGUCCUACUAUCACCGAUCUUACACCCAACAAAUCCGAGAUCGGUGUUCGAUUAGGUCUCGCAUAUCUUGUUGCUGCAUUUGGUGGACUACUCGGUAACCCUGCUGCUGGUGCUAUCAAAGGACAAGGAAAUGGGGCAGUUGAGAACUUCAAAGGCGUUUGGUUCUUUGCCGUAGGAGUGAUGGGUGCAGGUGCUGUUGCGCUUGUUGUAACGAGGUGGGCGAAGCUGGGUAGUGCCUGGGCCUUGGGCAGGGUUUGA